AUGGCAUCAGACCGGUCGUGGCCGCCUAUGAGACAUUCUGCUGCGUAUUACGAACGUCGAACCGGUCCUACAUCUGCCACAGCUCAAUACCAACAGCAAUACCCGCCCCUCUCUUCACUGUCUCAUCCUCCAGUGGCCCAUGUCAAUCCACAUCCUCGAGUCUCCCUGCCGACUCCUCGGACAGACUCGACUCGGGCCCUGGGUUCAAUAUCUAGCGGCGAGUCGGGAUCGUCCGCCAGUUCGGACUACAAGACCUAUUUACAGAGCAUACCAUAUCAGUACAGUCCCCACACAGAGAGGGGCUUGAUGGAUGACUUAGCCGCCAGAAAUUCAUACCAAGGUUCGCAUGUGGGAAAUGGCGCGCACAGAAACGGUCUGGGGCUACGGUCUGAAAUGACAGAAGACAACUCGACCGUUUUUCGAUAUAUACGAGAAGACCCAACGGAAGAGGACAAGGAGAAUGACCAUGCCUUAUGGAUUCUGGUUUGGAUGUCCAUUCUCGACCCUUUCCAUUGUCUCUUCAGCGCCAUCUACACCGUAUUCGCCGUCUUCGCCAUUUGUCUCCUCCUUCCGCUACGGCUGUGUCGUCGAGAAUGUUCUCCGGGUACAUCACUCGUGCGCAUGGUCGCCCCAGUAUUUCGGAACCACCUCCAGAUGAUGUUCGCCAAGUCGCUGGACGAUGCUCACACCUUCGAGUUCAGUCCUUUUUGCCUGUUCCUCAUUCACCUGGUGUCUCCCAUCCUAAGUAUUCCGAAUGCAGUUGCCGCCUGGGUGGUGGCGGUCUUUUGGGUCUUUGCCAUCAUCAUGGGCAAUCCCGACGGAACGGAAAAACGUGACGACGGAAGAGCCGCCGUGCUCAUCUUGCGGGACUGGUGGGAAAAGGUUUUGCUGUACGCAAUAAGGAAAUAA